AUGGAGAACUAUCAGAAGAUUGAGAAAAUCGGCGAGGGAACCUACGGUGUUGUUUACAAGGCUCGUGAACUCACCCACCCGAACCGCAUCGUUGCAUUGAAGAAAAUCCGGCUCGAAGCUGAAGAUGAAGGCGUACCAAGCACCGCGAUCCGCGAGAUCUCCCUGCUUAAGGAAAUGAACGACCCAAACAUUGUUCGACUGCUCAACAUCGUGCAUGCAGAUGGGCACAAGCUGUAUCUUGUUUUCGAAUUCCUCGACCUCGAUCUCAAGAAAUACAUGGAAGCACUGCCGGUCAGUGAGGGUGGACGCGGCAAGGUUUUGCCAGACGGUUCCUCUCUCAGCAGGAACCUGGGUCUUGGAGAUGCGAUGGUCAAAAAGUUCAUGGCACAAUUGAUUGAGGGCAUCCGUUAUUGCCACAGCCACAGAGUCCUACACCGUGACUUGAAACCUCAGAACCUCCUGAUCGACCGUGACGGUAACCUGAAACUGGCCGAUUUUGGACUGGCAAGGGCAUUCGGUGUUCCCCUAAGAACCUACACACACGAGGUGGUGACGCUAUGGUACCGAUCCCCUGAAAUCCUUCUGGGUGGCCGCCAGUACUCCACAGGUGUUGACAUGUGGUCUUGUGGUGCCAUUUUUGCUGAAAUGUGUACUCGCAAGCCGCUGUUCCCUGGAGAUUCCGAAAUCGAUGAGAUCUUCAAGAUCUUCCGACUACUUGGUACUCCAGAUGAAGCCCUCUGGCCAGGAGUUACCUCCUUCCCUGAUUACAAGGCCACUUUCCCCAAGUGGAAGCGCGAAGAGACCCACAAUCUGGUCCCUGGCCUCGAAAAGGAUGGCCUUGACCUCCUGGAGGCCCUACUUGAGUAUGACCCGGCCCGGCGCCUCUCGGCCAAACAGGCCUGCAUGCACCCCUACUUCCAGAACGGCAGCUCGCACUAUUCUGGUCGCACCAAGCGCAAUGGCUUCCACUGA